UGUCAAAGCAGACACAAGAGCGUGAGCUACUAAAGAGAACACACAGAGAGAGACAGAAAUAAACAACACAGCGUUGGAGUGAAUACAAAGAGCAAAAUCAUUACGAGAAGACCUUUGACAGCUGAAUUUUUCAAUCAUCGAUUUUCCAUCGGUUUUGAAUCGAGUUUUCUUUCGGUGUCCAGCUGCCAUGAUGUACCAGGGCUUCGGCGCAGAAUACGAUUCUUCAUCCCGCUGCAGUAGCGCCUCUCCGGCCGGUGACAACCUUCCGUAUUAUUCACCUCCUGAUUCAUAUUCCAGCAUAGGAUCUCCUGCAAAUAAAAUGCAGGACUUCUCCGACAUGUCUGUUUCAAGCGCCUCAUUCAUCCCAACUGUCACUGCGAUCUCCACUAGCCCAGAUCUGCAGUGGAUGGUCCAGCCUACCACCCUUACCUCCUCAGUGGCCCCAUCACACAACAGAGCACACCCUUACGGAGUUCCAGGUUCAAGCAGACAGUACUCCAGAGGAGGGACUGUCAGAUCUUCAGGAAGCAGGGGAUACAGCACUGGCAGAAAAGGGAAAAUUGAACAGCUUUCCCCUGAAGAAGAGGAGAAAAGGAUGGUCCGUAGGGAGAGGAACAAAAUGGCAGCAGCAAAAUGCCGCAACAGACGAAGGGAACUCACCGAUACCCUGCAAGCUGAAACUGAUAGCUUGGAGGAUGACAAGUCAGCUUUGCAGACUGAAAUUGCCAACCUCAUGAAAGAAAAAGAAAAACUGGAGUUCAUUCUGGCAGCCCACAAACCUGCCUGCAAAAUCCCUGAAGAUUUGGACACCUUCUUCUCUGAGUCUAGUGCUUCUCUACAGCUGAGCAGUAUCUGCAGUGCUCCCAGUUCUCAGAUCCAAAACACCAUUUCAGGGUCCUUCACCUCUAAUGAGCAUGUGGCUACCUCUUCCACCAGCUUGUUCACCAGCUCUGUUUCAACAGCUUCCUCUUCCACAGUGAAGAUGUCAGAUUUAGACAGUUCCUUGAUCUUAAAAGAAGAACCGUUUGAUCUGUUUGCAUCAUUGAAAAAGACACCCAUGGAAACAGCCAGAUCUGUUCCAGAGAUGGAUUUAUCCAGUUCCUUCUAUGCAGCAGACUGGGAACCCCUCUACACAUCUGUAACAUCUGACCUGGAGCCUCUGUGCACCCCAGUUGUGACCUGCACCCCAUCCUGUUCUACAUACACGUCUUCCUUUGUGUUCACCUACCCAGAAGAUGAAUCCACCCCUAAUUGUGUGGAGGCCCAGACGAGAGGCAGUAGCAGCAAUGGCCAGUCCUCGGACUCUCUGAGCUCUCCAACACUGCUAACCUUGUAAAGGACUUGAAAGAGAUAAAUACUGAACUAAAAAAUUACAAUCCAGGAUGCACAG